GUGAUAUAAAAAAUGUUUUCAAACUAUCGCUUAGCGCUGCUGCUGCACUGCCUGGUGGCAUUGCUGGUCUGCGGCAGCGUCGACGCCUUCACCAUAUUGUCGCCCUUUAGCUACAGUUCGCUGAGCUUUAAGAAUCUGCUCAAUAGCGUCCUAUUGUCCAGCAAUGCCAAUUUGGCUGGCGGCGGACGCAAUCUCAAGUCCGAUGUGCUUGAAGAUGCCUCACUGAUAACGCCGAAAUUAAUACGCAAAUACGGUUAUCCAUCAGAGACGCAUACGGUGGUAACCAAGGACGGUUAUAUACUCGAAAUGCAUCGCAUACCAAAGAAGGGCGCGCAGCCAGUGCUGCUAAUGCAUGGGAUACUGGAUACCUCGGCCACGUGGGUGCUGAUGGGUCCCAAGUCGGGAUUAGGCUAUAUGCUGUCUGAUCUGGGCUAUGACGUCUGGAUGGGCAACUCGCGUGGCAAUCGCUAUUCGAAAAAUCACACGAGUCUCAACAGCGACUAUCAGGAGUUCUGGGACUUCACUUUCCAUGAAAUGGGCAAGUACGAUCUGCCUGCGAACAUCGACUAUAUUUUAAGCAAAACCGGCUAUGAGCAGCUGCACUACAUUGGCCACUCCCAGGGCACGGCCAUCUUCUGGGUGCUCUGCUCCGAGCAGCCCGCGUAUUCGCAAAAAAUCACAUCGAUGCAUGCGCUGGCGCCCAUUGCCUAUAUACACGACAUGAAGAGUCCGCUCUUUCGCACGCUGGUGCUUUUCCUCGAUUUUCUAACGGCAGCGACGCGUAUGUUGCGCAUCACGGAAUUUAUGCCAAACACUAAAUUCCUGGUGGACCACAGCCAGGUUGUCUGCCACGACAAUGCCAUGACGCAGGAUGUCUGCUCGAAUAUUCUAUUCCUGGUUGCUGGCUACAAUUCGGAGCAGCUCAACAAGACUAUGCUGCCUGUAAUGCUUAGCCACACCCCGUCGGGCGCUUCGAUUAAGCAGCUGGAGCACUUUGGUCAGCUAAUGAAGUCGGGACACUUUCGCAAAUUCGAUCGCGGCUAUUUGAGAAAUCAACUCGAAUACAAUCGCAUGACGCCGCCGGAUUACGACUUGUCGCGGGUGAAGGUGCCCGUGGCGCUUUACUACUCGGUCAACGAUCUGCUGGUGUCCACCACGGGCGUCGAUAGACUGGCGCGCGAGCUGCCCAAUGUUAUCGACAAGUAUCUGGUGCCAAUGGAGCGUUUCAAUCAUUUGGAUUUCCUUUGGGCCAUCGAUGUCAAGCCGCUGGUCUACAAUCGCCUCGUGCGCAAUAUCAGACGCGUUGAGAAUCAUCGUGCCAAGCUUACAGCCAAUCUGGCCAGCUAUCUGGCUAUGCAGCUGCAGCGGCAGCAGCAGUUGCAGCAACAAAUGCAAAUGCAGGCUCUGCGCAGCUCAGCUUUGCCCCCCAAUGUGCAUUUACCACACGAGCAGGGCUUACUAACAACAACAACAACCACACAAGCUACGGCCACCACAACAGAUGAGACGCAAACAGAGGCAGAGCUGGCUGCUGCUGCUGCUGUUGAAACCACAACCACAGCGGCAACCAUUGCUGAAAUAACCGCCGCCGAGCAGCUUAAGCCGCUUGGCAAAUUGAUUGCCUUCAUUUCGCGUUGCACUAUUGACACUGGCACAGAAAUGUGGCAAAAGGCAAGCGAGUCCAACGGCACAGUUGCCCUCGCAUUCCAAACCAAAAUGCCGCGCAUGCCAAUGAACGCAGCAACGUCGCUGCCGCUGCUGCUGUUGCUGCUGCUGCUGCUAACAGCACAAGCCUUCAGCGCUGCUGUUAAGCCCACCACGACAACAGCAGCUGCAGUGCUGGAUGAGGAGGCGGCGAGCAGCUCUAUGGGCACUGUGGAAUCGGAAACGUUUACAGUUGAAAUCGAUGCAGAUGUGAUACUAACCACUGAAGAUGGCGUUGAGCCAUUUACGGGGCUGCAAGAGAAUCAGUUCAGCAGCACCGAGGAGCCGCUGCCCGAGUCAGUGCUGCAGCAGCUGGCCAAGGAACGCGCCGAGCGGCAGCAGCAGCAGCAGCUGAGCUUGCCACUUGCCACACUCAACGAGACAGCAGAGCAAAGCAAAAGUGUGAUAACAACUACGCCAGCGAGUGUGAUAACCACUCAACGCUAUGCUGAGGCCAAGCUGUAUAGCGUUAAUAGCUUGCAAGACAUGGAUAUGGACAUGGCCGCAAUGCAGCAGCAGCCAGAGUUAGAGACAACCACCUACAUGUCGCCCUUGGAGGAAACUGCUUCGCCCUUGACCAAUCUGGGCAACUACUACAACACCUUCGAGCCACAAGCUGCCAAUGGUGAGGAGCAGUCCACACACAUUUCGCAGCUGGCGUCGCAGCACGAUACGAACACCUUUGAAAUGCCCUACGAGGAGCAGCUUAUAGCCACCACAGAUAUGGCCAUGCCUGAAAUUUCUGUAGCCAGAACUAUGGCCAGCACUGCGCCUGCGCUGGCAGAGACUACAACUGAGGCUGCUGCUGCUGCUGCUGCUGCUGUGGCGGAGACAACGCCAGAGCCAACAGAGUUGAAAGAUUUGAUGCUAGAAAUGGAACGUCAGCUGGCCAAGGCUUCAAUGUACAAUGACAACGAGCGGGAUGAGCUUGUGGCCAGCAUUGAGGGCGACACUGAGCUGCCUUUGCUAGCUGUGGACACCAACAUUGAGCCACAAAGCACAGAUGCAACGCCCCAACAGACGCAGCUUGAUGCCACCAGCAACACGGAGAUCGCAGUCAAUACAACAAAUGUGGCUGAAACCACCACAAGUCCGCCUGAAACCACCGAAAGUGCUCCUCAAACCACAACAAAUGCGCCGGCAACCACCACAAGUGCUCCUCAAACCACAACAAAUGCGCCGGCAACCACCACAAGUGCUCCUCAAACCACAACAAAUGCGCCUGAAACCACCGAAAGUUCUCCUAUCACAAGUAGUAGCAGCAGCACCACCGAAGUUUACUUCACAACCACAGCUGAAACCACUACAAGUGAAGCAAGCACCACUAGCAUGCCUCAUCUAUUAGCAGAUUAUCAAACCACACUUAGCCCCAUGACAAUCGUAGAAUAUAUAAGCACCACCAGCAUGCCAGCCACAACAACCGCCGCUACUACUGAAACAAGCAGCAGCACCACAGAAAUGUCUACAACAAGCUCACCAACAACUACACCAACAACUACAACAACUUCACCAACAACUACAACAACAGAGCUAAGCCUGUCUGAAACAACGAUAGCUACUGAAACAGCAUCCACAUUAUGUCUUACAAACAAGCUCAACACCAACUACAACAACAACAAC